AUGGCGGGCAUCAUCGACCUCGCGAGCCUCGCGCCCACCGACACCGUCCUCAAGCUGCCGCACCCGUACUUGACCGAGUACACCGUCCAGCGCAGCGACGACAAGCUCUUCCAGCUGCACCCAAAAGAGGGCUCCACGGUGCAGCCGCUUCCCUUUGCGCUUCACGCGCCGCAUGUGCGCUUCUCCGCGCCCGCAGACCUCAAGUCGAGCGAGCUUCCCGCGUCGGCCAACAACAGCCUCUGGGCGCGCUCCCGCCGCUCGCCCUUUUCCGACGUCCGCUGGGAGAGCGACGCAGCGGCGCCAACGCUCGCGCAGGCGUGGCUGCUGCUGUACGUGCUCUUUACCGUGCGGCCCGGCAUGGAGCUGGUCCGUCUGCAGCUGAGCGGCCCCGGCGCCGAUGUGCUGUCGCAGCAGCUGCGCGAGGUGCUGCUCGGCAUCGCGCACCCGCCGCCGCCGCCCAAGAGCCAGGCGGCUGCGCCGGAGCAGGCCACCACGGAGACGAGCAGCACUGUCGUCGUCCUGCGCAGCACCUUUUGGCAGGGUGCCGGGUCGCCAUUUGGCCCGCGUCCCGUGUGGUGCCCGGAUGCGUCGCCGUCUUCGCUGCCCGCGUCGACGCCGCUGUCGCAGUUCCCUACCACGCCGCUGCAGCACACAAUCACCGUCGCCUCGGCCGGUGAUCCCCAGGACCCGGACCGCUACCAGCAGUCGUUGCACCCGAUUCGGCCCGCUAAGCCGGCGCCCGGUGCCGUCAUCUAUAGCCGGUGGGUGCCGCAUCUGAAGGAGACGUUUUCCAUGGUCUCGGUCGACUACACCGAUGCCGAGCAUCUCCGACUCUUCCACGAGUGGCAAAACGAUCCCCGCGUGUCGCAGGGCUGGAACGAGACGGGCACGCUGGAGCAGCACCGCGAGUAUCUCCGCAAGAUUCACGAAGACCCUCACCAGGUUGCCCUUCUCGCCAAGUGGGAUGAUGCCUACUUUGCGUAUUUCGAGAUUUACUGGGCCAAGGAGGACCGACUCGGUGGCUACUAUGACGCCCAAGACUAUGACCGCGGCCGCCACUCCCUCGUCGGCGACGUCAAGUUUCGCGGCCCUCACCGCGUCACGGCCUGGUGGAGCAGUCUGAUGCACUAUCUCUUCCUCGACGACCCGCGAACCAUGUGGGUGGUUGGCGAGCCCAAGGACACCAAUGCCAUCCCCGUCAUGUACGACUUGAUUCACGGCUUUGGCCUCGAAAAGUUUGUCGACUUGCCGCACAAGCGCAGCGCCCUGGUGCGCUGCCCUCGCGUCCGCUUCUUCCAGCUGUGUCCGCUGGGCGCCCAGGAAAAGGCCGUUGGCGGUGUGAAUAUUGGUCUUGUACCUAAAUUGUAA